AUGGAGCCAUCACCAAAGUCCAAUAAAAGGAUGUGUACAAUCCUUGCAAAAAGAAUUAGGACUAUACCAGUAUAUUUGUAUUUGGAUCUAUUAUUUCUUGUGGCUUCUAGUAUUCUCAACUUUCCACAAGGACAAAUCAGCAUCAGAAAGCCCCGCACUAUUGGUCAUGUGGAUCAUGGAAAAACCACACUAACUGCUGCAACUACAAAGGUACUAGCUGCUGAAGGUAAUGCCAAGGCCAUUGCUUUUGAUGAAAUCGACAAGGCUCCUGAGGAAAAGGAGAGAGGAAUUACUAUUUCUAGGUCUCAUGUUGAGCUUCCAAUUGUGAGCGGUUCGGGUCUGUAUGCCUUGCAAGGGACUAAUGAAGAACUAGGAGAGAAAGCUAUCUUGAAACUAAUGGAUGCUGAUCCCGUUCGACAGCUUUAUAGACCUUUUGUAAUGCCAAUAGAAGAUAUUUUCUAUAUUCAGGGGCGUGGAACUGUUGCCACUGGUCAUGUUGAACAAGGUACUAUCAAAGUUGGUGAAGAGGUUGAAAUACUAGGACUGACACAGGGUGAACCUUUGAAGACUACUGUAACUGGUGUGGAAAUGUUUAAGAAACUUGUGGAUAGAGGAGAAGCUGGUUGUAAAGUAGGACUUCUUCUACCAGGUCUUAAGCAUGGUGAUGUGCAGAGGGGGAUGGUUAUCGCCAAGCAUGGUACAUUGAAAACAUAUAAGAAGUUUGAAGCACAAAUUGUUUAUGUCCUCUCUAAAUUUUACCUGAGGACUGCAGACAUUACCGAAAAGGUACAAUUACCUGAUGAUGUCAAGAUGGUUAUGCCUGGUGAUAAUGUGACUGCAACUUUUGAGCUGACGUUACCUUAUCCUCUUGAUCAUGGACAAAUAUUUUCUUUGAGAGAAGGAGACCGGACAGUUGCUGCAGGAGUUGUCUCCAAAGUCCUUUCCUAGAAUGUUGAUUUGGAGUCCACAAAGUUUCUGUCCAGUAAUUUGUAAUUAAGUCGCAAAUAGGGAUUGAGACCAGCAUGCAGAGAGGAAUCUAUGAUUCAAAUAUUUUUGACACUUGAUGUGUUGGUUCUAUUUGAAUAUGUUUGUUUUAUCUGGGCGAGAAUUCUCUUAAGUUCAGUUAAUAAUCCCAAAUUUUCAAACUCUCAACAUUCUUUAUAAAGUUAAUUUGG